AUGCUGCGCAAAGUAUGGGUGAAGCGCCCAAACGCUUCGGCCACGCGCGUCGAGGUCAAUGGGGAUGAUCUGGUUGACAGUCUUCGCGAUGUUAUCCUGUUCAAAUACGCCAACUCGCUAGGCAGGACUAUCGAUUCACCUGACAUUACGCUCAAGAUCGUGGCUCGUGACCAACUCAAUGCUGGAUCUGCUGGCCACGAACGGACACUUGGACCUGAAGAGCCCAUCGGGCGCACCCUGGACGACCACUUCCCCGGGGGGCAAACAAUUGAAGAUGCUCUCAUAAUUGAGCUUGCGAAAGGGCGAACACCUCGACCAUCGCCCCGCCCAGGCAAUCAUCAAAUGACAUACUAUCUUCCCUCCGAACACUAUCGACCCGACGAUGCUGCGCGAGACUACUUUGGACCUAUGCCGGUGCAAUCACCGCAUAUCGUGCAGACAAAUCACGGUCCGGUACACUCGAUGGCCGUGCUUUCUACGGGCCAGCUUCCUCCUCUGCCCAGCCCUGGCGGUGGACACUCACGCCGGCACGCCGGUCGUCCAAAAUACGGACGGCAGCAUACUUCUUCCCCUACAGUCCUUCACACAACACAACCGAACGGUGCCCUAAUAGAGCCUAAAGCACAACUGAAUAGCCAACCUUCCGCACCGAUUCCCACGCCACCAGCUCCAUCCGUCGACCGAGAUAAGCCUUCCAUCACGCCUCCCAACCGCGUUUCCUCACCACACCCCGGCCAAAGGCCAAAAAAGAAGAAGACCUCCAGCUCCCGCCCAGGAGCUUCGGCAACAGCUAAUGGCGACGGCGCCAAUCCGAAGCCCGCCUCGGCUUCGCUGCUCGACGGCACUGUGCCUCCCAUCAACGUACUGAUCGUCGAAGACAAUGUCAUCAAUUUGAAGCUACUCGAAGCUUUUAUGAAGCGCCUGAAAGUGCGCUGGAAGAGUGCUCAGGAUGGCAAGGAAGCCGUCGAGAAGUGGCGAGAGGGUGGGUUCCAUCUGGUGCUUAUGGACAUUCAGCUGCCCGUCAUGAACGGACUCGCGGCCACAAAAGAGAUUCGACGAUUAGAGUUGGUGAACGGAAUUGGUGUUUUCGGCGGAAAGAACGGGAGUGGUGGCGGCAGCCCAGGCGAAGCCGGCCACGAAGUCCGGGAACUUAAGGCAGAGGAUAAUCUUGGUGACAAAGCGGGUUUCAAAAGUCCUGUCAUUAUUGUUGCGUUGACGGCCAGCUCGCUACAGAGUGACCGUCAUGAGGCCUUGGCGGCAGGUUGUAACGAUUUCUUGACAAAGCCUGUCAAUUUUGUGUGGAUGGAGCGCAAAGUCACCGAAUGGGGCUGUAUGCAGGCGCUCAUUGACUUCGACGGCUGGCGAAAAUGGAAAGAGUACGCUUCUGCAAAAGAGGCCGCCGAAAGCCCCGCUGAGCGGGAGAAGAGAGAGAAGGAGGAGAAGCGCAAGCAGAAGGAGGCGCUCAAAGCGAUGUUUUCGAAAGGGCCGCCAGGCCUAGGGGCCAAGAAGGACGAAAAGAAGGAGGAAAUCAACCCUCCGCCUAACGGCAUUCAUGCCGGCCCACAAACGCCGAAGAAGGAGGGCGGCACUGGCGGGAAAGAUGGCGGGAGUGCGGCCGGGAGUGUGGGCAAGAAAAGGCAAGGGAAGAGGGGCAGCACCGGGAGCCUGGCGAGUAAACCUGGGGCCAGCGAAGCCCUGGACGUCGUUGGGGAGGAAGACGAGAGGUGA